AUGGAGAAGCUUGUUCCAAACUGGUACAGUGCUGCUCAACCCUUGCCUGAGACUUGCAUAUUCCCACCUGAUGCAAGACCAGGGAAGUUUAGCAUUGCUCCUUCAAGGUCCGACAUUCCAGUAAUCAACCAUUGCAUACCAGAAGCUUUGAUGAAUGACACAAUGGAUGUGCUGAAGGAGUUCUUUGAGUUGCCUCUAGAGGAAAAGAGGAUCAUUAGUAAUGGAAAGCUCAAGUGUGAUGAACAUCAAGUAGUGACAAAUUCAAGUACUGUUUGGACGACGUUUGGAUUUUUCAUCACACCCUCCCCUGAUUGCUGUAUAGAACCUGCAGCAGCUCUCAUUAAUGCAAGCAAUCCCCGACUCUAUAAAGGCUUCCGAUAUGAAGAGUUUCCUGCCAACUACUUUAGGAAGCAGGGGAAAACCGAAGUUGUGCUUGAACCCUUUGAAAUCGAAUGUUAG